UUCGAGGUCAAAGAAUUGUGGAGUGUAAGAAAUAUAUAAAAGAUGUUUGGUACAACGAACCCUUUUGGGCAACCAACAAGUAGCCCAUUUGCAUCCCAAUCUGCUCUCGGCCAAUCCAAUCCAAGUAGCAAUCCAUUUGCAUCUAAUUCUUCCUUUGGUAGUCCAACCCCUUUUGGCUCCCAAACAGGGGGUUCAAUAUUUGGCGGUACUUCUACUGGCGUGUUUGGUGCAACCCAACCUUCUUCUCCAUUUUCCUCGACAACAACCUUUGGCGCAUCAUCAUCUCCUGCGUUUGGAAGUUCUAUGCCUGCUUUUGGAAGUUCAUCUUCAUCUUUUGGUGGCUCUUCUGCUAUUGGUCAGAAGCCAGCAUUUGGUUUUGGGUCUACUCCUACUCAAUCAAGUCCUUUUGGAAACACAGCACAACAAUCACAGCCUGCAUUUGGUAGUGGUAUAUUUGGAUCUUCCACACCCUUUGGUUCAACUCAGUCUGCCUUCGGUGCCACGAGCAACCCUGCCUUCGGUGCCACGAGCACCCCUGCCUUCGGUGCCACGAGCACCCCUGCCUUCGGUGCCACGAGCAACCCUGCCUUUGGUGCCACGAGCACCCCUGCCUUCGGUGCCACAAGCACCCCUGCUUUUGGUUCAACUGGGAGUCCAGCAUUUGGGAGCACUGGAACUGCAUUUCGAGGAUCAAGCACACCUGCUUUUGGUACAUCUAACACUCCUGCUUUUGGAGCUUCAGCUUCUGCUUUUGGGGGUUCAGCCACUACUGCUUUUGGAGCAUCUUCUACUCCUUCCUUCAGCUUUGGGUCUAGCCCUGCUUUUGGGCAAUCAACAUCAGCAUUUGGUAGUAGUCCUUUUGGGACAACUACAGUUGGAGCACAAAGUUCUCCUUUUGGAAGCCAGUCUUCGUCUCCUGCAUUUGGAAGCACAACCUUUGGCCAGUCUGCCUUUGGGGGUCAACGUGGGGGAAGUAGAGCAGCUCCGUACACGCCUACUACUGAUGCAGAUGGUGGGACUGGUACACAGCCUGCUGCAAAGUUGGAGUCCAUAUCAGCGAUGCCUGUUUACAAAGAUAAAAGUCAUGAGGAGCUCAGAUGGGAGGAUUAUCAGUCUGGAGAUAAAGGUGGUCCACAACCGUCUGCUCAGCCUUCUGGAGGAAUUGGAUUUGGUGUGUCAGCUGCACCUACACCUGCACCUGCACCUGCUAAUCCUUUUGGCGGCUCUUCAUCAUUUGGUCAAACAUCUGCAAAUCCUUUUUCCAGCACAAGUGCCAAUCCAUUUAGUUUAAAACCCCCAUCCUUCAAUAGUACAAGUUUGUCGACCUCGGCUACUACAUCAAAUCCUUUUCAACCAACAUCAUCUAGCCUUUUUGGCCCAACCUCAUCAACACCACCUUCGAUAUUUAGUUCGACAACUUCUACAUUUGGAACUGGUUCAUCUCCUUUUGGAUCAUCUUUCACUCCUUCAUUUUCAUCUUCGCCAUCCAUAUUUGGUACCGGUGCUGCUCCAGCAACAACUCCCACAUUUGCUACUGGUUUGAAUUUUAGCAGCAGCAAUGCAUCUUCUGUGUUCAAUUCUACACCUGCAAUUGGGCAGACAACCUCUACAUUUGGACAAAAUACAAGUAAUUUUGGUAUCAAUGCACCUUCCUCUGGGUUUGGUGGGAACGUGUUUUCGAGUUCUCCGUCAUUGGCUCCUAACAACGCUGCUGGCUUUGGCUCAGUAACUCCCUCUUUUGCAUCACCUUUUCAGCCGACACAGACUGCUGGUGCUUUUAGCUUUAGUAAUCUUGGUCAGACGCAAUCAGGUGGUGGAUCAAGCAUUUUUGGUCAGAGUAAUGUUGGCGUACCGUCUAUGACACAAAGUGCUGCUGUAGUACAACCUGUGACUAUGACUAUCAGUAAUCCCUAUGGAACCCUCCCUGCAAUGCCUCAAAUAUCAAUUAGUUGGUCUGGGUCAGCACCAUCCGUUCAAUAUGGGAUUUCUAGCAUGCCUGUCAUGGACAAACCUGCUCCUGUUAGAAUAUCGCCCUUAUUGACUUCUCGACACCUUUCACAAAGACGGAUUAGGCUGCCUGCAAGAAAAUAUCAUCCUAAUAACGAAAAUCCAAAGGUUCCAUUUUUCAAUGACGAUGAAGAGACACCGAGCAAACCUAAGGCUGAUGCAGUUUUUAUUCCUAGGGAAAACCCAAGGUCUCUGGUCAUUCAUCCCGCAGAGAAUUGGUCAUCAAGAACAUCUCUAGAGAAACCUUUACCUUUGGAGGAUACAUCCACUCCAGUACAUGAAAAUGGUAAGAUACUUUCAAUAGCCGAAGUAUUUAACUUAUUUGCUAUUUCUAAUAUGAACCUUUUGAUUGGCAUGAUUCUUGUAGAAAAUCCAGCUGAAAAUGGCCUUGUGAAGGAGCAAAUUCAUCAUAACCAGAAAGCUAAUGGAGUCCAUGAGCGUGUGGCUGACAUUGAGGCUCGAAUGCCAAAGCUCCAGCAGUCUGAUUACUAUACAGAACCUAGAAUCGAAGAACUGGCAGCAAAGGAAAGGGCUGAACCAGGGUACUGUAGCCAUGUCAAGGACUUUGUGGUUGGGCGGCAUGGUUACGGAAGCAUCAAGUUUCUGGGAGAGACGGAUGUGAAAGGCCUUGAUCUGGAGUUCCUCGUCCAAUUCAACAACCGCGAGGUAAUUGUUUACAUGGAUGACAGCAAGAAACCUCCUGUUGGACAAGGUCUUAAUAAACCGGCAGAAGUAACACUUCUCAACAUCAAAUGCUUUGACAAGAGGACCAGACAGCAGUAUACAGAAGGACCAAAGGUUGAGAAAUAUAAGGACAUGCUUAAGAAGAAGGCCAAGGACCAAGGAGCCGAGUUUAUCUCGUAUGAUCCUGUCAAAGGAGAAUGGAAGUUCAGGGUAAAUCACUUCAGUAAGUACAGGUUGGAAGAGGAAGAGGAAGAGGAAGAGAUGUGUGCUGUUGCAGGUUGCUGAUGUAAGAAGUUAGGGACACUGUUUGCUGCUCUGCUUCAUUCCUGACAACUGUUGUUUUACGAAAGAGUCUUUUGUUGUGUAUGUCUCCAUGAAUAGUUGUUUUGAAUUGUGCAGAAGUUGGCAAAUUGUGGUUUUGUCAUGUUUUUUACUUGCUUGCAAUGCUCUGACUAUUGGAUGUGGUUUUGUUACUUCUGAAUUGGCAUUUUCAUAUUAUGGGAAACGGCUUCCUAUCAUAGGGGCAAUCAAGUUAUUUUGUGGAA